AUGAGGCUCCCCUCCCUGCUGCCCUCCGUCGGGCUGAUAACCUGCACUCUGGUUCUGAUGUGGCCGCUGUUAGGGUCCUGCCACCCAGCACAGACCCCAGAGCAGCCCAAGCUGGUGUUCAUGGAGCAUUUCAAUCGUCCAGGGGUCGGAUUCAACUGGAGAAAUCUCACCUGUCCCCUCUGCAAAGCUUUGUUCACCAUCCUCGAUAUCGCCCUUCUGAGUGAUACAAAUGAAGAGCGAGUGGCGCGUGCAGUAGGUGAGGCGUGUAUUCGUCUCCAUCUGGCUGAUGAGCAGGUGUGUCGAGAAAUAACGGAGUUGUUCAGGGAUGACUUCAUCCGGGCUCUGCAGCAGUCCGUGCUGUGGCCCACUGAAGCGUGUGCCCUGCUGGUGGGCGCUUCCUGCGGCAAAUUUGACAUCUACGCUGCCUGGAACAUCACGUUGCCGAAGGUCCCUAAGCCCCCUGUUACACCACCCUCUCCUCCCAAACCCGGUUCUCCGCAGAGCAGGGUCCUGUUCCUAACAGAUAUCCACUGGGACCAGGAGUAUGAAGCCGGCAGCGCCGCCGACUGCAAGGACCCUUUGUGUUGUCGCAACGACUCGAGCUCUCCCAUUUGGAGGCGGCGGCAGGCUGGGUACUGGGGAACCUACAGUAAGUGUGACCUGCCUCUCCGGACAGUGGAGAACCUCCUGGAAAAUGCAGCCAAAGCUGGACCAUGGGACUGGGUCUACUGGACCGGAGACAUACCAGCGCACAAUGUUUGGUCUCAGACCAGGAAACAACAGCUGUCAGAGCUUACAGUAAUCUCCAGGCUCAUUCACAAACACCUGGGACCCAAUGUGACAGUUUACCCUGCUGUGGGGAACCACGAGAGUACGCCAGUGAACAGCUUCCCACCCCCCUUUGUUCAUGGCAACCGAUCCUGCGCCUGGCUGUACGAUACAAUGGCAGAGGAAUGGGCACCAUGGUUACCAGAACAAGCUUUGAAGACUUUGAGAUAUGGAGGAUUCUACACAAUGGAAAUUCAGCCUGGCCUAAGGGUGGUCUCCCUCAACAUGAACUUCUGUGCUCGAGAAAACUUCUGGCUGAUGGUGAACUCUACCGACCCUGCUAACCAGCUGCAGUGGCUGGUCCAUAUUCUUCAGGCCAGCGAGGACAAGGGAGAGAAGGUACAUAUCAUUGGUCACAUCCCACCUGGCCUAUGUCUUGGCAGCUGGAGCUGGAACUACUAUCACAUUGUCAACAGAUAUGAAAGUACAAUUACUGGACAGUUUUUUGGCCAUACACAUCUGGAUGAGUUCCAAAUGUUUUAUGAUGAGGCAACCAUGACCCAUCCACUGGGAGUGGCCUUCAUUGCACCCAGUGUUACUACUUACGUUAAUCUUAACCCAGGUUACCGUGUCUACUAUGUGGAUGGGAAUUACCAAGGCAGCUCUCGGCUGGUGCUCGACCACGAAACCUACGUGCUCAAUCUCACAGAGGCCAACCACAGUCCAGGAGGGCCAAGUAAGCCAGAACAGAACCCCAAAUGGACACUGUUAUACCGUGCUACCAAGGCGUAUGGUGUGACCAGUCUGUUCCCUUCUGACUGUGACGGGCUGAUACGGACCUUUAUCAAUGAUGACCGGGUCUUCCAGAAGUUCUGGUACUUCAGACAUAAGGGACACGUGUCGGAGCCCUGCAAGGAGACGUGCAAAACUGCAGUGCUCUGCUUUCUGCGAAGCGGGCGGUAUGACGAGCUGGAGCAGUGCGACCUCCUCAAUGGUUUUGGAGGUAACUUGGCCCGGGCGGCCAGAAAAACCCUUUGUUGACCUGAAGUGUGGACUGAGUUUCUGGGUGUAGGGGUGUGGGACAGGAGAAAAGCAAUAUGACCAAAUCUGAAAAUGAGCCGAAAAGUGUAUUUUUCCUGUUGCUGGUGGGUCAGCAGGUAUCGUAUUUGUUUAACAGGAAGUCACUUGAGCUAUUGUUCGCUACUUGGACAGUCUAUGUAGAUUGUGUAAGCCUGCGUUAAGGCUGAAGAGUUCUCAGUUAUGCCUUGUGUUAUCAUGUAAUGUUUUACGAAGACAUCUGAUUGUGACUUGCAACACACGUUGGGUUUGUCAAAACUGCUGUUUUGCAAUGACAGUUGUGAAAAGACUGCUCGACAUUGAAAGAUGUCUUUGCAGUUUGUCGUACGGAGUGCCUUUUAUCAGGGAGAAUUAUGUUAAACGUAUUCAUCCUUAACAGCAGUGUUACAACUUUUAAAGCUGCUUCAGUGCUGUUUUACUGCAGAAUAGCUUGCACCCAAUAUCAAACUUCUAUUGUCUGUCCUUUUGACCUGUCCCACAAUGCAGUGAGAAUAUAACAUUUGCUGGGAUUUACAAAUUCUAAAAUGAUUCAACAGGUCAUUUACUUUAUUGAAUCUGGUGGAUUAAUGGACCUCACCAUCACUUCUCAGGUUGGAGCUUUGUUGAGUUGCUACACGGCACACAGGAUCUUAACUCAAUAGUCUCAACAGCCUCGUCAGCUCCAUUGUGGGUUAUAGGUCAGUUUGUAAAAUAUCUGCUUUAAUGCACUGCAUCAUCUGCCUCACCAAGUAGGUCUUCAAUCCUGAAGAGUAUUUCUAACUGAGGAUUUCUUUGUGUCUGCACUUUAAUUCUUUCUUUGCUAGUUAAGUUUAGCUUUAAUAGAGAACAUGUUUGAUAGACCCAAAGUGUGAGUAACAUGGGAAGGUUUUCAGAUCUUGGUCUAUGCAACCUGCGGCGUAACAUUCGCAUGACAAUUAAUGCAACUUGUAAAAUGAAAAAAUAAUUUAGAGAUUGUAUAAGUUAUGGAUAAAUAAAAUAAAAAUCUGAUAUUUA